GUUUGAGUUUCCUAACCGCAUCCUCCCCUGUUCUGUUUCUCCCCAAAAUUAGAGGCCCGUUUCGGUGCUGCCACUCUGUUUCUUUCUCCUUUGCCGGUUCCCCAUUUUUAGCUCCUUUCUUUUCCCUCCCCCCGCCAGUCGAUCCAGUCAUCUCCUCCGACGAACCAACACCGCCAAAAAUUCCCCUCGAACGUCGAUCGUCCGCUUCCUCCCGGCGGAACGCGCCCCGCUCGGCGUCCGUUCCGCCAUGCCCCGGAAGCAGAGGACGGAUUAAACGGUGCAGGACACGACCAAGGAGGCUCCGGUCGUGACCGCCGGCGCACGCACGUUGUGGACGUCCCGCUGCCGCCGCAGCACGCGCGCCCGAUGGGCAACGUCUGCUGCGUCGGUCCGCGCCGCAGCUUCGCCAAGACCCGCUUCUUCAGCGCCCUCUCCAGCCCCAUCUGGCGCCGCUCCGGCGCCCCCGCCGGCUCCUCCUCCCCUUCCCGCCCCACCGUCACCACCCGCUCCGUCCCCGUCGUCCAGCCCACCGCCUCCACCCCAACUCCUCCCCCACGCGCUUCCGCCGUCAUCAAGCCCCCGCCCGAGCCCACCCACACGGCCCCUCCUGCCCCCAUCGUCAUCUCCGAGCCCUCCAGACCCCAACCUCCAGAACCACAGCCCGUCGUCCAAAAUGAUCCCCCUCACCACCACCACCACCAACAACAAGAAGAGCAGCAGCAACAACAACAAGCCCAGUCGCGGCCGAAGAAGCCAACGCACAUCAAGCGGGUGUCCAGCGCGGGGCUGCAGGUGGCGUCCGUGCUGCGGCGGAAGACGGAGAACCUCAAGGACAAGUACAGCCUGGGCCGGAAGCUGGGCCAGGGCCAGUUCGGCACGACGUACCUGUGCGUGGACAAGGCGUCCGGGCAGGAGCUGGCCUGCAAGUCCAUCGCCAAGCGGAAGCUCAUCACGGACGAGGACGUGGAGGACGUGCGGCGGGAGAUCCAGAUCAUGCACCACCUGGCGGGACACCCCAGCAUCAUCUCCAUCCGGGGCGCAUACGAGGACGCCGUCGCCGUGCACGUCGUCAUGGAGCUCUGCGCCGGCGGGGAGCUCUUCGACCGGAUCGUGCGCCGGGGGCAUUACACGGAGAGGCAGGCCGCCGAGCUCGCGCGCGUCAUCGUCGCCGUCGUCGAGUCGUGCCACUCGCUCGGGGUCAUGCACCGGGACCUCAAGCCUGAGAACUUCCUCUUUGUGGGUAAUGAGGAGGACGCCGCGCUCAAGACCAUUGACUUUGGGUUAUCCAUGUUCUUCCGGCCCGGGGAGAUGUUUACCGACGUCGUGGGGAGCCCGUAUUACGUCGCGCCCGAGGUGCUCAAGAAGAACUAUGGCCAGGAAGCUGAUGUGUGGAGCGCCGGUGUCAUCGUCUACAUCCUGCUCUGCGGCGUGCCUCCCUUCUGGGCAGAGACGGAGCAGGGGAUAUUCGAGCAGGUGCUGCACGGCACUCUGGACUUCGACUCGGACCCAUGGCCGAGCGUGUCGGAGGGCGCAAAGGACCUGCUCAGGAAGGUGCUCGUCAGGGACCCCAAGAAGCGGCUCACAGCGCACCAAGUCCUAUGCCACCCGUGGCUGCAGAUGACUGGCGAGGCACCUGACAAGCCGCUCGACUCGGCGGUCCUGUCGCGGCUGAAGCAGUUCUCGGCGAUGAACAAGCUCAAGAAGAUGGCAUUAAGAGUGAUCGCGGAGAACUUGUCGGAGGAGGAGAUCGCGGGGCUGAAGGAGAUGUUCAAGAUGAUGGACACCGACAACAGCGGGCAGAUCAAUUACGAGGAGCUCAAGGCUGGGCUGGAGAGGGUGGGCGCCAACAUGAAGGAGUCUGAGAUAUCUCAACUCAUGCAGGCUGCUGAUAUUGACAAUAGUGGCACCAUUGAUUAUGGAGAGUUCAUAGCUGCCACUCUACACCUCAACAAAGUUGAGAGGGAGGACCAUCUGUAUGCUGCCUUCCAGUACUUCGACAAGGAUGGCAGCGGAUACAUCACGGCUGACGAGCUCCAGCAGGCCUGCGAUGAGUUUGGGAUCGAGGACGUUCGACUGGAGGACAUGAUAGGCGAAGUAGAUCAGGACAAUGAUGGGCGCAUAGAUUACAAUGAGUUCGUGGCCAUGAUGCAGAAAUCAACCGCAGGGUUUGGGAAGAAAAGGCCAUCAGUACAACCUUAGCUUCGGUCUUAGGGAUGCCUUGAACACAAAGGCGAAUAGCUGACAAUGUUGUAGAAGUGUGUUCUACUGUAUAUUUUGUAUGUAUACCCCCCCCCCCCCCCUUGGGACUCUCCUUACUAA